GGCGGCCCCGCGGGCCCCAGGCCGCCGCUCACGCUGCGGCGCCGCUUCGCCCCCGCGGCGGGGCCGGGCCGGGCCGCGCCGGGGCCGGGGCCGGGAUUGGCUGCGCGGCCGCCUCGUCCCAGAAUGCAGCGCAUGGCGCGUCAUUGAAGAGAGACCAUGAUGGCGGCGGGGGGGGCCCCCGAGGUGAUCGCCCAGCUGGAGAGCGCGGCCAAAGUGCUGAUGGCACCACCUUCUAUGGUCAAUAAUGAACAACGCCAACAUGCUGAGCACAUAUUCUUAUCAUUUAGAAAAUCAAAAUCACCAUUUGCUGUGUGCAAACACAUUUUGGAAACUAGUAAAGUGGACUAUGUCCUUUUUCAAGCUGCUACGGCAAUAAUGGAAUCAGUUGUAAGAGAAUGGAUUCUCUUGGAAAAAACUAGCAUUGAAUCACUGCGAACAUUCCUUCUAACCUAUGUCUUACAGAGGCCUAACCUUCAAAAGUAUGUUCGGGAGCAGAUUCUACUGGCGGUAGCGGUGAUAGUGAAACGGGGAUCAUUAGACAAAUCAAUUGACUGCAAAAGCAUUUUCCAUGAAGUCAGCCAGUUGAUCAGCAGUGGUAACCCCACUGUGCAAACUUUGGCCUGUUCCAUUUUAACGGCAUUGUUGAGCGAGUUCUCGAGUUCAAGUAAAACCAGCAACAUUGGACUAAGCAUGGAGUUCCAUGGGAACUGUAAACGGAUAUUUCAGGAGGAUGAUCUGCGGCAGAUCUUCAUGCUCACAGUAGAGGUACUUCAGGAAUUCAGCAGACGUGAAAACCUCAACGCUCAGAUGUCUUCAGUGUUUCAGCGUUAUCUUGCACUAGCCAAUCAGGUCUUAAGCUGGAACUUCCUUCCUCCAAAUUUGGGCAGACAUUAUAUAGCUAUGUUUGAAUCCUCACAAAAUGUGAUGCUAAAGCCAACAGAAUCUUGGCGUGAGACUCUCCUGGACAGCAGAGUUAUGGAGCUUUUCUUUACAGUACAUCGAAAAAUCAGAGAAGAUACAGAUAUGGCCCAAGAUUCGUUACAGUGUCUGGCACAGCUGGCGUCCUUGCACGGGCCGGUCUUUCCUGAUGAAGGUUCACAAGUUGAUUACCUGGCACACUUCAUUGAGGGAUUACUGAAUACUAUCAAUGGAAUUGAAAUAGAAGACUCGGAAGCAGUGGGAAUUUCCAGUAUUAUCAGCAACCUGAUAACUGUAUUUCCUCGCAAUAUUUUAACUGCCAUUCCAAAUGAACUUUUCUCUUCGUUUGUUAAUUGCCUCGCACACCUCACUUGUUCUUUUGGAAGAAGUGCUGCCUUGGAAGAAGUGCUUGACAAAGAUGAUAUGGUAUAUAUGGAAGCAUAUGAUAAGUUGCUGGAAUCUUGGCUUACUUUGGUACAAGAUGACAAACAUUUCCAUAAAGGUUUCUUUACCCAACAUGCUGUUCAGGUCUUUAAUUCCUACAUUCAGUGCCAUCUAGCUGCUCCUGAUGGUACAAGGAAUUUGACUGCCAAUGGUGUGGCCUCUCGGGAAGAAGAAGAAAUAAGUGAACUGCAGGAAGAUGACAGAGACCAGUUCUGUGACCAGUUGGCCAGCGUAGGCAUGCUGGGCAGAAUUGCUGCAGAGCACUGUAUACCUCUUCUUACAAGUUUACUAGAAGAUCGAGUGACAAGGCUUCAUGGUCAGUUGCAAAGACAUCAGCAGCAGUUACUUGCCUCACCAGCAUCAGGCUCAAUUGACAAUAAAGUGCUUGAUGACCUAUACGAGGAUAUUCAUUGGCUUAUUUUAGUCACAGGCUACCUCUUGGCUAAUGAUACUCAGGGAGAGACUCCGCUAAUACCUCCAGAAGUAAUGGAAUAUUCCAUUAAACAUUCAACUGAGGUUGACAUUAAUACAACACUUCAGAUUCUGGGAUCUCCAGGAGAAAAGGCCUCUUCCAUCCCAGGGUACAACAGAACUGAUUCUGUAAUUAGGUUGUUAUCAGCUAUUUUAAGAGUGUCAGAAGUAGAAUCUAGAGCAAUAAGGGCAAAUCUCACACACCUCCUGAGCCCACAGAUGGGCAAAGACAUUGUAUGGUUCCUCAAACGCUGGGCAAAGACUUACCUUCUAGUAGAUGAAAAGCUGUAUGAUCAGAUAAGUCUGCCAUUUAGUACAGCAUUUGGUGCUGAUACUGAGGGUUCCCAGUGGAUUGUGGGUUACCUUUUAGAAAAAGUGAUCAGUAACCUGGCAGUGUGGAGUUCAGAGCAGGACCUUGCAAAUGAUACUGUACAGCUGCUAGUAACGUUAGUGGAAAGGAGAGAGCGGGCAAACUUAGUUAUUCAGUGUGAAAACUGGUGGAAUUUAGCCAAACAAUUUGCAAGGCGAAGCCCUCCUCUCCACUAUUUGUCCAGUUCUGUGCAGAGAACACUAAUGAAAGCUUUAGUUCUAGGAGGUUUUGCUCAUAUGGAUACAGAAACAAAGCAACAAUACUGGACAGAGGUUCUUCAGCCACUUCAGCAGCGAUUCUUGAAUGUGAUAAACCAAGAAAAUUUUCAGCAGAUCUGUCAGGAGGAGGAAGUGAAGCAGGAAAUCACUGCUACAUUAGAAGCACUCUGUGGCAUUGCUGAGGCUACCCAGAUUGAUAACGUAGCAAUCCUCUUCAAUUUUCUAAUGGACUUCCUUAAUAAUUGCAUUGGAUUAAUGGAAGUAUACAAAAACACACCAGAGACUGUAAAUCUCAUAAUAGAAGUAUUUGUUGAAGUUGCACAUAAACAAAUUUGCUAUCUUGGAGAGGCCAAAGCUAUGAACUUGUAUGAGGCCUGCCUAACUCUGCUCCAGGUGUAUUCCAAGAACAAUCUAGGUCGACAACGGAUAGAUGUUACAGCAGAAGAAGACCAGUACCAGGAUCUCCUUCUUAUUAUGGAGCUUCUCACAAAUCUUCUAUCAAAAGAAUUCAUAGAUUUCAGUGAUACAGAUGAAGUAUUUAGGGGACAUGAGCCAGGUCAAGGUACCAAUAGAUCUGUAUCAGCAGCAGAUGUUGUCUUAUAUGGGGUUAAUCUAGUUCUGCCUCUCAUGUCCCAGGAUCUGCUGAAGUUUCCAUCCCUGUGUAAUCAAUAUUACAAACUAAUUACUUUCAUCUGUGAGAUAUUCCCUGAGAAAAUUCCACAACUUCCUGAGGACCUCUUUAAGAGCCUAAUGUACUCACUGGAGUUAGGGAUGACAUCAAUGAGUUCAGAGGUUUGCCAGCUCUGUCUGGAGGCUGUAACACCAUUAGCAGAACAGUGUGCAAAAGCACAAGAAACAGAUUCAACCCUUUUCCUAGCAACAAGGCACUUUCUUAAGAUGGUCUUUGAUAUGCUGGUACUUCAGAAGCACAAUACAGAAAUGACAACUGCAGCAGGUGAAGCAUUCUACACAUUAGUGUGUUUGCAUCAGGCUGAAUAUUCAGAGCUAGUUGAAACGUUGCUAUCAACUCAACAAGACCCAGUAAUUUACCAGCGGUUAGCAGAUGCCUUCAACAAGCUUACUGCAAGCAGCACUCCUCCUACACUGGACCGUAAGCAGAAGAUGGCCUUCUUAAAGAGUUUAGAAGAAUUUAUGGCAAAUGUUGGUGGACUUCUCUGUGUAAAAUAAACAACAAAACUCUAUGCCUAAUUUAGACCCUUUCUGCAAAAUGCACUGAGAAAUGCUGAAUGCUGACUAAAUCUUGUACCUGUAUCUGGGUUCUUUGCAGCCAUCUCAGAUUCUAGGGAGCCUGGAAGUUUGAACAUAAUACGGUGGAACAUGAGAGGUCGACUUUGAAUCAGCUUCUGCUGUUAUGUUAGCUGCAAUCUGUCAUACUUGUGUGUGGGAGAGAAGGAACAGAAAAUUUGAAUUUAAAUGUUUUCCGUAUAUGUGCAAACACAUGGGCACAAUGAAAAGGAAAUGCAGUGCCUUUCCCCCUGCACUGGUUUAAAAUGUGAGUGGCCAGAUAAACGUACAGAUUUCUUUUCUACCCAAAAUCAUUUUAGUGUGUGAUGCAGAUACAUAUAAAGCUCUAAACAGUUUAGCUGAUUUUAAGCUUUAUUUUUCCUCUCAAAGUUUGAGUUUGUGUUCCAAUGGGGAAGAGAAACCAAAUGGUAUUUUAACUUGUGUUUAGUUCUGUUUUCCUACAUCAACCCGACGUUGCAUGUUUAAUGCAAUGAAGGUUUUUGUUAUUUUCUGCUGCCUAAAGUUCGGAAAAAAAAAAGGUGUAUAUUUUUGUUCCCCUAAAACGAACUUUAGGAACUGUAGCCAUUUCAUUGCCUUAAUUUAAAAAGAAAAAAAAAAGCUCAUUUACUUCAGAUACGAAAUUUGAGGCAAGAUUUGACUCUUCAUAGUUGGUUUCGGAUGUUGGCAUUAAGCUGCUGUGUACCUGUUGCAGCACUUCAUGUUGAGUUGUCAUUUUGGAAUGAGUAUCUCAUGCAAGGUUCAUGUGUAGUUUUACUUUCAGUAUCUGUUUUGAUUCAUCCCCAGGUUGCACGCAGCUGCAAUGUAUUUCUACACUGAACUGUUUGCUUAAGCAAUAACAACUCAUAAGAUGUAAAUUACUGGCAAACUUUUUUUAAGUUGGGGCAUUAACUAAAAACAACUGUGCUAGAACAGGGGCAUGAAACCCUUUUACUCAAGGGCCCUGAUUGUUUGACUCAAGUUGAGAAAGGUGAUUGGGAUGUGUAGUGCUGUGGGGGAUUUUUGGUUUUGCUGAAUCUAGCUCCGCUUCUGCAGGGCCCUCCCAGCUGCUCUGCUCUUGCUUGGUUUUUUAUAUCAGCACUUUAGCUGUUGCCACAGUAGAAUAUAGUGCCCUGAGUAUAGUGGACCAACAAGGGAGAGCAGCACACAAACACAAAAGCAAGGCCUGCUUUGUCUCCAGUCAUGAGCCAGAGAAAACUGAAGCAAACACAAAUGCUGCAUGUCUAGUAAAAUUGAUUUUUGUAGGGAUACAUGGAGACAGAAGUGGGUCCUUUUGUUUAGAGACCUCUGCUAGAUUAUGCUGUUGAAUAUUUCCCGUGUGUUUUUAAAAUUUAUAUAAAAUGUACAGUAUAUACCUAUACAUGGUUAUGUAUAGCAUCAUGUUUGCCACUCUGUGCCAUUCUUCAGCUAUUCAUCUCAGAAUUAGUCACAAUAGCCAGAAUUUUAAAAAUCCGUAGAUCUGUAAUACUGUGCUAUAAGUGAUCUAAGGCUUUUUUAUUUUUUAGUGAAAUCCAUACCUGUCUCAAGCAUGGAUCCACAAGGCCAAAAAAGCCAUCUCUUCAUUGUACUUCUCUUUUUUAAUUUAUGUGAAAACUGGGCUAGGGCAGAUUUACACAUUAAAAAGUGACCAUAAAACUUCUUAGAAAAUAUACCUUCCCAGCCAAUGUUUUAUUUCUAAGGUAAUCUGUGUAGUAUUUUAGAACAGGGGUAUUACUCUCUUUUUUUCCUUGAAACUCUAAUGCUUUUCUUUAAAAGAUUUCUUGGCUGUGUACUUGCACAAAACAUAAUGAUCCUGGCAGAUCCUUCUGUUUUUAAACUGUUCUGAUGCCUGUUUUGUUUUGUUUUUUUUAAUUUGAGUCGCUAUGUUUUUGAAAUUGCUUCUGGAAGUUUUUUUAGUCUGUACAUUGGAUAGGGCAGCAGUUCUGAAACCUCUUUCUUUUUUACAGCUGAGGGGCAUUAAAGCCUGGGAACAUAAGUGGCAGGAAGAGCUGCCUGUCAUGUUUGUCAUGAUGUGCUCGAUGUCAAAUAUCUAGGUCAAAGUCUUCAAAGAGAUCAUAGCAAAUACCUUCAAUUUUUUUGGAUCUAAUGGAGUAACUUACAUACUCAGUUGUAAUUUCUUUUAUAACAAUCCUGAAGCUGGCUCACUAUUUAAAAAUAUUUAUCAAGUUUAAAAUUUUGAAAUUCUCCUGCAUACUAUGAUUGGUGAAUGGGAGCACAAACUGAGACAGUAUUCAGGAGACAGUAACGUGCAUACUCUGUGCUUUUCUUAUCAGGCACGUGGUGUUUUAACAAGCAGAGACACUCAGCACUUCUAAAGUAUGAACCCUGACUUUCAAAAGCUGUUUUUUGAAGGUUGCUUAAAACUUUCCUUUGCCCUUCAUUUAAAAUUAAUAUUGUAUGUUAAAGGGAAACUGUCCUAGUAAGGCUUUUUUUGUAAUCUUCCUGUUUGAUGUUAUGCUAGACAACAUUCUUCCUUUCUUGUUUCUUAUUUUACCUCCCAUUCUUGUAUAUUCAACAGGGAUCUCUCCGUGCUUGUUUCUUUUAGAGCCUCAGUUGUCUCCAUUUAGUGACAUUCCUUGAAGUCACUGCAAAAGAUUCUGGGGAUAAGUUUUUUAUUAAUUCAUACUUCUGCUGGCUGGGUGGCUGCUUCUGCCUGAAUUAUUAGGUUUCUAUACCCCUUCCAAAAACUAAAACAAAAAUAAAGUCCUUCAGUGAACUUUUAUGCAUCCAGUUGCAAAUCUAGAUGCAAAAGUUUGUUCAAGUCCAUCAGAGAGAGACUCAUCCCAUUUUUAGUGAACACUGAAAGUUGGCUGCAUGUAAGUGUUCUGAAAUUUUCAUGGUAUCACUGCAUUGAUUUUCCAUUUGUUGUGCAAAGUGAAUAAUUGUUCUAAAACUGCACCUGUUUUUUGAAGAGAAAAAAGGCGACUCAAACUGAAUUACAAAUGUUGCAUGAUAUAAUUGUAACAAAUAUAUCUGUCCAGACUUUUUUUUCUAAAACAGAUUAUUGCUCCAGUGUUUUCAUUCUGAAACUAUGGAUCAAGUAGCUUCUUUCCCAUUUUGCCAGCUUCGUUCCCAUUGUGAUGGCUAGUUCUAAUGCUGGCAUAAUAAUUUUCUGAUUUUCAAUCCGUAAUUUUCCAUGUUGGCAAGCAUGAUCAUCUUUUUGGGUCAUAAAAUUCAAGACCAUCUUAAAAGCACAGAUACACAUGGGGGAAGUGGACUACUACUGCAUGAAGCUUCCACUUGCAUGUGCAUUUAUGCCUUAAUUAUCUUCACUGAAUUACUGCCAGAAUCUGCUACUUAUUGCCCAGAGGUUUGUGUUCGCUCUUUAGUGAUGAAGGGCUCACUGUUUUCCUCAGGAACAAGAAAAUUAUUUUCUCAGUGUGUCCAAAUCCUACUAGUUGAAAGAGAGGGGACUGAACCAGAGUCAUGUCUCUGAUAGCCUGUAGCACUCAUUUCAGCCCCAGUGUUUACUGGGGUACAUCCCAUUAUGUCUGUAGCCAUGUAGUUCUGGAGAACAAGCUUGCUCAGAGCAGUCAGUUGUCCAUUUAAAACCUAAUUCUUUAUAAGGUAAAGCAAAUUCUAAUUUGUGAUCUGUAAAACUGUUCUAAAAUACAAGUUGCAGCAUUUCUCUUGUAAAACACUUCAGGUAAAUUCAGUUUUGGUUAAGUAGUUACAUAAGAGGAGGUGUUUUUUUUAUUGAAGUAGCUUGAUGAAUAUAAGCGCAGGAGUAGGAGCCAGGCUCCUCUAAUUUUGUAUCAGUUUUUUCACUGGAUCCUCUCUGCCCAUUGGCAAAUCACUAGAACUAUGUUUUUUUUUAAAUAGUGAUAAUACCUACCUACCUCACAGGGAUGUUGUGAGGAAUAGCUUAUGCCUAUAAAAUGCAUUGAGGAUCUAAGACGCUAUGUAAAUAUUAAAUAUUUUCAUUUUAGUUUUGUGAGGUGUAAGAUAUACUGUAAUAAAACCAGAAGAUUUUCAUGAUUAUAAAGCCCAGUAGAGGCAGCAGUGGUGCAGUAUCCCCCAAGACUGGUUUGCUGCAAUACAGUAAUGUUUGCUGUAAACUGUAGUUAUUUCAAUUACAGCCAGUUGAAGUUGUGGCUUCUUCUUAAAUAAGGUAAGAUUCCCCACCAGUGUGCCUCGGUUCUGGACUAAAUAGUGAGAGGACAGUUGGUAGCUGUUCAGGCUUUGGUGCCUCUACUUCUGACAAGUGCCACUUGUGGUGGUAGGGGGUUUGGUUUGGUUUUAGGUUUUUUUACGUUUUUCUGCAAGGAACAACCACCACUCAUUUCUCCCUUACCUGUUCCUGUCACUCAGUAUAACCAAAGCCUAAUGAUACCAAUUAAAAUUUAAAGAGCGAGCCCUGUCCCAACCUCGUCCCUGCCCCCAAAAUUAAUUUGUUUUAAACAUGAGUAGAUGGUGCCCGCUUUGCAGUAAAUGGCAGCAAUGCUUUCCUGUACUAAUCAUGGAGCAAGUCAUGAAGUGUGAUUUGCUGUAGAGCCUUAAGCUCUCGGCUGUCCUACAAAACCCUUUUUUCAGUGUGAGAUUUCUUGGGGCCCUGGCAUCUGAGCAGUAAGAUAUCCCUGGCUUUCCCUUCUUCUCACUGAGUUUAGAUAGAUUUUGCUUUUCCAUUUCUUCCCUUUCCCUAUCCUCCUUUUCCUGGCCUUUAAAGGCAUUCCUAUAAAGGACUUGGAAGACCCUUCCCACCUGAAGGGAAAGAUGCUACCCAUGUGAUUUUCCAGUCUAUUAGAGCUUGAUACUUGAAAUGGAUAAACCCUUCCUGAUAGCAUUCCCCAGCACAUUUCAGUCUCCCAUGGAACCAUUCUAGAGUUUAUAAUUAGGGAAAAAAUAAUUAUCCUCUUAUUCCCUUUGUGCAAAAUAAGGAACCUCCAUUGCAGUGAACAUGCAGUUUUAAGGCAAUAAAUGCUAGUACUGCUGUUGGUCAAGUGUGUAAAUAUUUUAAAUGUAUAAUUCAGUACCAUGUUGAGUUUAUAAUUAAAAAUGCAGGGAUUGAAGUGCGAGUUGAUUUCAAGUAUUGAGUUACUUGUACAGUUGAAGAUACGAAGUUGCAUAGAAAUAUUUCACAAUUUGUUGCAAUAAGACUUGGGAAAUGGCUGUGUAAUCAAGCCUUAUCACAACUGAAUUUUCAGUUUUUAAAUGACCGCUUUCUGUAUUUUUAAGAUCCAUAAGCAGCAGGAGGAUAACAUUGUUUUCCACUAAAGACUUUGAUUAUUUUGUUUUGGCCAUGUGUGAUUUGUGUGUAUUCUUGUUUAAUCUAGAAUCUCACCUGUGUUCAGUCCCUCAAAUAGCAUGUUCUACCUCCUUAUGGUAGAGACAAAAUUAGGAGCAUUAUGAAACCUCCGGCUCCACGUUGCGCUCUUUGGCUGCUGUGAAUGCACAGGGUUUCAGUGAAAGGUCAUAGGUGACUUUUCUUACAUCAGCACUUAAGAGCGUGGGUUUGUCCAUCAACAGAAAAAAGGUGUGAUUAUGUGUGUAACAGGAGUAUCUCACAUUGGACUGCAAUUGCCAGAAGUGGCUGUGAAUAUAUAAUUAAACCAAUAUUUUUUCCACCAUCCUCCAGAAAAAAAAAUUUAACAGGGACUUUUCUGGUCACUAUCAUUGGUGAUAUUUGUCUACCCACAAGGAACACUGAUUUCUGGGUCUUGAAAUUUUUUUUGGUCUGUAGAUUUACUCUAAACAAUUUCUGAUUAUAUUUGGCAUGGAAAUGUUCUCCGAGCUCAUAAUCUGUUCCCACCACAUAAGGGACAUCCAACAGUAUGUUCAAGUAUACCAGAAGAGUUCAGUUAAAAGGCAGCAGAGCAGUUCCUAAUGUGCUUUAAUACAAUUACAUUUGGAUAAACUACAGCUAUUUUCUGUUGUUCCCCUCUUGCUUCAUGCACUGACAUCUUUAAAGAAAAAAUAAAAAAGGCAAACAAAAACCAAAAAGAACAAGCUGAAAGUAAAACUAUGUGACAGUUAUAGUGGUAACAGCUUGCUGUACACCUUAACUGUAUGUAUCACUGGAAUUUUACUGGUUUCUUAAGUAAUGCGAUUACAUAUUUAUAUUGGCCUGGUUUAGUUCAGCAAGCAUUUUGGUGAGGGACAGAAACAUUUAAGGUAAUUUUGAGGAAAUCUGUGAAAGCAGCUGGUAAGAUUACACAGCAGUAGCAUAUCCAAGAGCCUUUAAUGUAGAAAAUGGAAAUACUCUGCUUUACCUUAAAUACGAGCUCUGGAAUAAACUUGAAUGAUUUGGGUACAAAGCUUUUAUUCACACUUGUUUGUGUAACUGUAUGCAAAACCCAUCCAUUUUGCCUUCAUGAAGCUUACUUGCUUUAGUCACAAGUGGUGGCAUUGGAUUUUUUUUCCUUCACUUAUUUGCCAUGUAUUAUAAGCAGAAAGGUAGGGAAGCUCAACCUUCCGAGUGGAAUUUGUCAGGUCAACCAAGGAGGAGGUUGCACACGAACUGCAAGAGGGGAGGAGGAGAAGAAAAUAAAAAAUAAAAAAUGUGCAACAUAAUGCAGAGAAAUAAAAAUAAAUCAAGCUAAUGUGUAAGAAGAAAAAGAAAUCCAUAAUACAAGUGUUAUCCCAUAACUUUGUAACCUGUAUCAUCCUGACCCAGAUUAGUAAAAGCCUGUCAUUUCAUCCACACAUUUCUGGGGAAAAAGAGUGCUAUUCUGGAAUUGUAUGAAAUGCGUUACCGUUGGUGUGAGUUUUGUUAAUUAAAUAAUAAAAUCUUCUUUAUUUUGGGAAACAUUCCAGACAAAUCUCCGUCUCCAAAGAGAACAAUGAAGUUAUCAACUUUGACUGAUACAUAACUGAUAAGUAGUUUUUCUCCUGUCUAUAUUUUAAUCUCCUGGAACAACUGUUUCCAUCUUAACGCCCAUGAGACGUUACCAGAUCUUAUUUUCCUGACCCUGUGUCACCCUUGCCAGUUGGAGUAAGGCAGAGCUUUGGCUGUGAUGUACUUCCCUUUUCCUUCCCCUCUGUGUCUGGGCUGCUGUUCAUGGUUGUGAAGGCGUGAGUGUUUGAUUUGCUUUAACUUAUUGCUUUGGAUGAUGCAGUUUGGGUUUGUGGCAUAUUGAGAGGAUUUCUAGUCUCUUUGUUUGGUGUUCACUGAAUGAAAGUCAUCACUAGACUCCACCAAAAGUAUUGAUUUGAAAGUCUCAUUCAUAACUUGGUUUAAUACAUUGUCAGGACAUUGGCUUUAACUGUAGAAAUGCACCAAUACUUUUAGUGGUCUUCUGUUUAUUCAAAUGAUUGUUGUAACUCAGAAAAAAAAAACCCCAAAGCCAAAACCCCACCACCACAUUGUGGAGUCUUUAGGAAGAUCCCCGAUGUCCUCACACAAGAUCAACCCAACCUCGGGGAAGGCUUACAUUCUUCUGACACUUUAAGGAAGGACUGUUCUUCUGAAGUACUUUUUGCCUGCUUUUAGGCUGUUAAUGCACUUUCAUGAUUUCUUAACAAACUACUGUUAAAAAUGUACUGUAACAUGGAUUUUGAUAAGCGCACAUGUAUUUAAACAAUUCACUCAGCCUCAGGAAAGCUGGAAAAUCGGAUACCUGUUUUGUAUCUUGGUUACAAUGUUUGUUACCUACAAUCCCUUAAGAUGGCCAGAUAGUGUCUAGAUCAUGUGAGAGAAACUACUUAAGAUACCAGUAAAAUCUGUCAAAGGGGGACAAUGUAAUUUUACUCUAGGGACUGAGAAAACUGUCCUCUUAUUUUUCUUAGAGGUAUAGUCAGUCUGAAUUGGAGUUUCAAAAGCAAAAUACAAUUAUAAGCCCCAUUUACUGUUCAGGAACAAAAAAUGUUUUCUUUCUUAACACUAGCUUAUUUCUAUUUUCUUCCUUCUCUUUUAAAAGUGUGUAUGUGAAAUAAGUGCAGAAGUAUGUGUAGGAAAAACUGUAAAAUCUGCUGCUGUACAUAAUGUUUGCUACUUGACUGCAUUUUCUGUUCCACUUUAAUUUUACUUGUUUUGCUAAAUAUAUUUUAUAUAUUUUCCUUCCU